AUGUCGAACCCCAUCACAACAAAGGUCAAUUCUGUGCCGAAGUCGGACAUCGAAAUCCUCAACCAAGAAAUAGACGAAAAUGAAGGCCAGUACCGCAUUCGGGCUGGCAAUCGUGUCCAUUAUGUUACGAUUCCUGGCUAUGCGAGCCCCAAUCGCAUUUUCGAUGAAGACACGCUCUGUAGACCAUAUCUUCUCGUGCCAAAACUUCCCCCAUUCCCGGAUGGAGACUGGACCAAGAUGAGACUUUCUCUCGGCCUGGACGGCAGCGUUCAGCCGGAUAUUUCUUUCGAACCGCUGGACGAAGUGGAAUUCACCUGGCAUCCACAACACAUCGAUGUACUUUCGUUAAAGCGCAUAAAGUAUCACAAGCAGCGCGUUAGAGAAGUUGAAUAUGAGGGCAAGCCUGCUAUAUCCAAAAUUGCCGUUCUGCAGUGGCUUGUUGCACAAGUUGAGCACGAGGCUAGGAUGUACGAAGCGCUGACUAGGUUGCAAUGCCCUGAUGAGGUUCGAGUAACCCCAGAAGUCUUGGGGCACCUCCUCGAGGGAGGAAGAAAUAUCGGGCUGCUUUUGGAAAAGAUAGAGGGCCAUCAUGCGACACUGGCGGAUCUGCCAAAAUGCGAGGCGGCUUUGCGCAAAUUGCACAAGCUAGGGUUUGUCCAUGGAGACGCCAAUCGCUAUAACUUGAUUAUCGAGAGAUCCACUGGGAACGUCAAAAUGAUCGAUUUUGAGCAUGCCGAGGAAUAUGAUGAGAAGAAGGCGAAGGCUGAAAUUGAGGAACUAGCAUCUGAGUUGACAGAUGAAUCAGGGCGAGGUGCGCCAGCUACUUUUAUGUAUCAUUAG